AUGAGCUCAACGAUCCGAGCAGGGCUACCGCCCAGCUCAUUAAUAUGGGCAUUUGUUGUCUUCGUUUUGGCAUACGGGGUCUGGACCGUUAUCUAUGCGUACACUUUGCACCCUCUUGCUAAGUUUCCUGGGCCAUGGUGGGCAGCGAUAAGUCGGAUUCCCUAUUGGAUCAUCGCCGUGAGAGGCGAGCAGAUCCACUUCAUGAGAAGGUUGCACGAAAAGUACGGACCAGUGAUUCGAUUCAGCCCGAAUGAGUUGAGCUAUACCGACCCUCAAGCUUGGAAGGAUAUAUGUGGAUAUGAUAGGGGCAAGCCUGAGAAUCUCAAGGCGCCAGAGGCUCAUCUGCCGCCUCAUAAUGGAACGCCGCACCUCAUCACAGCAAAGACAGCUGAUCACAGGAGAGUGCGCCGUCUCUUCUCUCCUGCCUUCUCAGACCGUAGUCUCAGGCAGCAGGAGCCUCUAUUCCGCAAAUAUGUCGACCUGCUCAUUUCAAAGUUGCGAGAGACCGACGGUCAGCCAGUGCAACUUGGUGAGAUGUUGAACUUUGCCACUUUUGACAUCAUGGGAGACCUCACAUUCGGUCAGCCGCUGGGACUUCUUGAGAGCGCUGAAUACUCGUCAUGGGUCAAGAACGUUUUCGACGCCGUACGAGUGCUUCCACUCAUCCAAGUGAUCGAAUAUUACCCACUGCUGAGCAAGAUAUAUGCGUUCCUCGAGCCAAAGAAAGUGAACGAAAUGAAGACGACUCACUUCAAACACUCAGCUGAUCGGGUGGACAGACGGCUGGAGCAGAAAUCUGACCAACCGGACAUUUGGAACCUUGUCUUGUCAGCAAAGGACGAGAAAAGUCUGACUUUGAACGAAAUGCAUUCCAACGCCGAACUCUUCAUGCUGGCUGGCACUGACACGACAGCAACCCUGCUUAUGGGCCUAUUCUAUCUUCUCCUAAAUGAUUCAGCCAGGAUGAAAAGAGUAGUAACGGAGGUGCGAGAUCAACAGAAAGCUCGCGGCGUUCUGGAUCUUGAGUCACUCGCAGGUCUGAGCUACUUGAACGCCUGUAUACAAGAAACCUUUCGAAUUUAUCCGCCUGUCCCAGUUGGUAUCCCACGAGUCAUACCCGCAGACAACGGUGGGCGGAUGAUAUGCGACAGAUGGGUCGGCCCAGGCACGCGAGUGUCAAUUCAUCAGUACGCUACCUACCAUUCCGCAGCCAACUUCAAGGACCCGGACGCCUUCGUACCUGAAAGAUGGCUUGGUGCGACUGAGUACAUGGAUGACAAACGGGACGCCCUUCAACCCUUUUCAUAUGGACCUAGAAAUUGCAUUGGCCAAAAUAUGGCGUGGCACGAGCUGCGGCUUAUAAUCGGAUUACUUGUUGCUAACUUCGAUUUGGAGCUUUGCGAGGAGAGUCGCAGCUGGAUGGAUCAAAAGGUGCAUGUUCUGUGGGAGAAGAAGCCGUUGAUGGUCAAGCUGAAGCCGGUCGGGCAGGAAAUAGUCAUCGAUGGUCUACUCAAAUCCGCCCAAGCAGCCAACAUGCAUAUCCUCAACCUCCUCCUCUUUCUACUCCCUCUGAGUAUCUCAGCUGCGGUAGUCGACCGGAUCACAUACGUCCCGGGAGACAGCAAUGACAUCAAUACCACCUCGCCGAACCUCAUCCGCCGAGACUCGGUUCGCUGGGGCCCUGAUGACACCUCGCAAGAUGCCUGCGACGCUGACGCAGAACCCCAGAGGACCGCUGGCAGCGAAUUCUACAAGUGGGACUGCAACAGUAUCAUCGAAUUCAACAAUAAUUUCGGCCGCUACACUAUCAAUGGCUAUACAAACGGCAGGUGGGCGAUAAUCAACAUCAGGGGAACAUGUUCUAUCGCAGUUGCGAGGACUGAUUCGUCCACGAAUGAUUACGAAGUUGGCGACAAGGAUAUCAGAGACUCCGUUAAGGCGGCGAUGAACAUGUAUAGCGACCCAGUCGUGAUGCAGUCCGUCACAGGCGCGGCAACGUGUGACGCUGCUGAUACAACGGGCAACGACGUGCCCAUUAAAUGGUGGGUUGUCGAUCCGGACGACAUUCCUUCCUGA